AGCUUUCUUCAUCGUCUUCUCAAUAAAAAUAGAUCUGCUUCCAUUUCUCCGCCAUAGCCCGUGCUUAACAAAAACCAAAAGAUAAGGGUUCAUCGAUUCAAACGAAGAAGCUUUGAUUAAAACCAAACGAAAGGAAGAAGAAGAAGAAGAUGGGAGAAAACUCCAAUCGAUCAGAAGCCGAACGUCUACUCGGAAUCGCCGAGAAGCUUCUCGAGUCACGAGAUCUGAACGGCUCAAAAGAGUUCGCCAUCUUAGCUCAGGAGACAGAGCCUCUCCUCGAAGGCACCGAUCAAAUACUCGCCGUUGUCGACGUCUUACUCGCUUCCGCGGCGGAGAAUCGCGUCAACAACCAACCAAAUUGGUACCAAAUCCUUCAAAUCGAAGAUCCAAGCCAAUCCUCGACGGACAACGAUCUGAUCAAGAAGCAGUACCGACGUCUAGCUCUCCUCCUCCACCCAGACAAAAACCGUUACCCAUUCGCCGAUCAAGCCUUCAGGUUCGUCCUCGAUGCAUGGGCGAUUCUAUCUACACCCUCGAAGAAGUCCCAAUUCGAUCGCGAUUUGAAUAUAAUCUUCACCAGAGUAGAUCUCAACGGGAGCAAUCAGAGGCAGAAGAAAUCAACGAGCGAGAAGAUGGCUACGUUUUGGACGGCGUGUCCUUACUGUUACGGUCUUCACGAGUAUCCAAGGGUUUACCAAGAGUACUGUAUCAGAUGCCAAAACUGCCAAAGAGCGUUUCACGCCGCGAGUAUUCCGCAAUUGCCUCCGUUGGUUCCUGGGAAAGACGAGUAUUACUGUUGUUGGGGUUUUUUUCCGAUGGGAUUCGUCGGCGGCAAAGGAGGUGAAGCCGCCGCUGCCGCCGCCGUCGCUGCAACUGAUAAUGGGGUGACGAAAUUCCCGAAUUGGAUGCCUCCGGUUUUCUCCUCCGGCCAAAACGCCACUGUAAACGGCGGCGUUGCAGGGGUUACUCAUCCUCCUCCUUCUGCUCAUGCUGGUUCGUCUCAUGGUGUUUCGAUUAGCUUUGAUGAAUGGUCAGGUGGUGCGGCGAAGAGAGAUAAUGGGGCGGUGAGGAGCAGCAACGACGGAGUUAACUCAGAUGGAAUGCCGAAGAAGAGAGGAAGAGGAAGGCCUAGGAAAAAUCAGUGAAAUUUGGAGAAAAAAGACAAUUUUUUUAAGGCAAGAAAGAUUAGGAUCAGUGUUUGUUGUCUUAGUGUAAUCUUACUUGGUUAAUUUAAGUUCUUUAUAACUUUAUGCAUUUUUCUCUCCUUUUUUUUUGCCUUUUUUCUCUGCAUUUUGUUGUUUUCUACCUUCACCGGCUGUGUUCAGGAUUUUCAUUUACAUCUCUUAUUCGAAAUCUUCUUGUAUCAUAGUUUGCUUUGAAAAAUGAUAUUUUUGUGUGUAAAUCUUCUAGGUUUAUACAACUACUCUUAGAGUGACAA